AUGUCGCACCUCAACUCGUGGGAAGACGACCCGUCGGCCCAGGACGACAACCUGGCGCGCCAGACACAACAGCAGAUGAACCUGGGUGGUGGUGGCCGUGGGGGCGGUGGUGCCGGGCGCGGCGGCCGGGGCGGUUUCCAGCCCGGCGCCGCGAGUUUCCAGCCCGGCGCUCAGUCGUUCAAUCCGGGCCAACCGUACGGCAACAACUUUGUUCCCCAGUACCAGCAGCAGCAGCAGUACUACGGCCAGGGAUACGGUGGCUACCAGCAGUAUGGCAACCAGGGCCAGCAGCAAAACUACGACCAAUACGCCAACCAGGGUUACUCUGCCGUCUACGGCAACCAGGGGUACAACAACCAGCAGCAGCAAGGCUACGGCCAAUACCAGCGCGGCGGCUACCAGCAGGGUCGCGGUGGUGCCCAAUUCAACAACAAUAACAGCAACAACAACCGCGGUGCCCCAACGAUUGCGAAGCGACCGACCGACGCUGCUGCCCCGGCAGGCGUAUCGCCGGCACCUGGUGCUGCUGGGGCUGCGGCAGCGGCACCUGUGGUGUCUCUGCCGAAUGCCUCCGAGCCCAUCGGCGCCAAGGUUCUGAGCAUUGGUGGCGAUGCGAAGCCCAAGGUCGCCAAGGUCCUGAGCAUCGGUGUCCCGGCUGCACCCAAGGAGGAGAAGAAGGAAGAGGCCAAGAACGAGGAAUCCAAGGAGGAGCUGAACAAGGACGAGGCCCCGAAGAAGGAGGAUGUGGCCGCGUCCGCUGUGGCUGGCGCUUCUGCUGGCACGGGCGCGGCGGCUGCGGAGGCUGGUGCCAAGACGACUGCCGCCAAGGCCAUAGAGAAGACCGGCACAACGACACAGAGCUCGGCCAGCGGCACCACGUCGCCGACACCGUCGUCCGGCCGCUCAAGCCCGUCACGGGCGCCCGCGGGCGCCAAGGUCACGCGCGAUGUCGAUGCCGUGCAAAAGGAGCAGGCAGCUGACGUCGACGAGGACACCCUCAAGGAGAUCUACGGAAAGGAGCACGUCAACAUCAUCUUCAUCGGCCACGUUGAUGCUGGCAAGUCGACGCUGGGCGGCUCGAUCCUGUACGCCACCGGCAUGGUCGACCAGCGCACAAUGGACAAGUACAAGCGCGAGGCCAAGGAAAUGGGCCGUGAGACGUGGUACCUGUCCUGGGCCUUGGAUCUGACCAACGAGGAGCGGUCCAAGGGCAAGACGGUCGAGGUGGGUCGCGGUUUCUUCGAGACGGAGAAGCGCCGCUACAGCAUCCUGGACGCGCCCGGCCACAAAACGUACGUGCCCAACAUGAUCGGCGGCGCGUCCCAGGCGGACGUCGGCAUCCUCGUCAUCUCGGCGCGCAAGGGCGAGUACGAGACGGGCUUCGAGAAGGGCGGCCAGACGCGCGAGCACGCCAUGCUGGCCAAGACGCAGGGUGUCAACAAGCUGAUUGUGGUCAUCAACAAGAUGGACGACCCCACGGUCGAGUGGUCGCACGAGCGCUACAAGGAGUGCACGACCAAGCUGUCGCAGUUCCUCAAGGGCACGGGCUACAACCUGAAGACGGACGUGUUCUUCAUGCCCAUCGCCGCGCAGCAGACGACCAACAUCAAGGACCGCAUCCCCGCCGGCGUCGCGCCGUGGUACGACGGGCCCUCUCUGCUGGAGUACCUGGACAACAUGAAGACGCUCGAGCGCAAGGUCAACGCGCCCUUCAUGAUGGCCAUCAGUGCCAAGUACCGCGACAUGGGUACCGUGAUUGAGGGCAAGAUCGAGGCCGGUGUGGUCAAGAAGGGCAUGACCCUGACCAUGAUGCCCAACAAGAACCAGGUGGACAUCACGGCCGUCUACGGCGAGACCGAGGACGAGAUGUCGAUUGCGCAGUGCGGCGACCAGGUCCGCCUGCGGCUGCGCGGCAUCGAGGAGGAGGACAUUCUGCCGGGCUUUGUACUGUGCUCGCCCAAGCGGCUGGUGCACAACGUCAAGACCUUUGAGGCGCAGGUGCGCAUUCUGGAGCUCAAGUCGAUUCUGACGGCCGGCUACAACUGUGUGCUGCACGUGCACUCGGCGAUCGAGGAGGUGACGUUCUCGGCGCUGCUGCACAAGCUGCAAAAGGGCACAGGCCGCAAGAGCAAGCUGCCGCCGUCGCACGCGAUUCGGGGCGACAGCAUCAUUGCCCGUCUAACAGUGACGGGUGGCGCCGGCUCCGUGUGCGUGGAGCGCUUCGAAGACUACCCGCAGAUGGGUCGGUUCACGCUUCGUGACCAGGGUCAAACCAUUGCCAUUGGCAAGAUUAUCAAGCUGGUCACGGAUGAGGAGGCGGCUUAA